UAUCAGCAUAUGGAGGAAGGAGGGGAGUCAGAAAUGGUGAAAGAAUCAAAAGUUCAUAGAUUAAUUCAUCUAAACGCUGUACAACCUGUUAAAUAUUGUAAAAAUGAUAUCAGUACAGCCAAAUAUAACUUCAUCACAUUUUUACCCAAGUUUUUAUUUGAACAAUUCCGGAGAUAUGCCAAUAUAUUCUUCUUAUUCAUUGCUCUCAUUCAGCAAAUUCCAAAUGUAUCACCAACAGGACGAUACACCACAGCUGUUCCCUUGAUUCUCAUUCUCUCUGUCUCAGCUAUUAAAGAAAUUAUAGAAGAUUUUAAAAGACAUCGAGCAGAUGAUGCUGUUAAUAACAGAAAGAUUCAAGCGUUACGGGGUGGGGUAUGGCAGACUAUAAGAUGGACUCAAGUAUUAGUAGGUGAUAUAGUAAAAGUUGUUAAUGGUGGUUUCUUUCCAGCCGAUCUCAUAUUGUUAUCAUCUAGUGAACCACAAGCUAUGUGUUAUAUAGAAACAUCUAAUUUAGAUGGAGAGACCAAUUUAAAACUGAGACAGGGUGUAACUCAAACCAGUAAAUUAUUGACUAGUGACGAACUCUCUGAUUUGAGAGGGGUGGUGGAAUGUGAACUGCCCAAUCGUCAUCUGUACGAGUUUGUCGGGAAUAUUAGACCCAGUGGACAAAGUGCCUACCCUGUAGGAGUAGAUCAGUUAUUAUUGAGAGGAUCCAUCUUGAAAAACACCAACUGGAUUUUUGGUGUAGUAGUAUAUUCAGGUCAUCAAACUAAACUCAUGUUAAAUUCCACUUCUGCUCCAUUAAAACGUUCCAAUGUAGAAAAACUCACCAACACUCAGAUUUUGAUAUUAUUUGUGUUAUUAGUGGUGUUAUCAUUAAUCAGUGCUGUAGCUAAUACUAUCUGGAAGGGACGACAUUCUGGUAAAGAUUGGUAUCUCUAUAGUCCAGAUGAUGAAGCUCCUAAUUUUGGUUAUAAUUUAUUGACGUUUAUAAUUCUGUAUAAUAAUUUGAUACCUAUCAGUUUACAAGUUACAUUGGAAGUCGUUAAAUUUAUACAAGCUAUCUUCAUUAACUGGGAUAUAGAUAUGUACUAUGAAAAAACAGAUACACCGGCCAUGGCUAGAACCAGUAAUCUUAACGAAGAACUGGGUCAGGUGAGAUUUCUGUUUUCUGAUAAAACUGGUACGUUAACUCAGAAUAUUAUGGAGUUUAGGAAAUGUAGUAUAGCUGGAUUGGCAUAUGGCAAUGCUGAAGAAAGUUGCCAUCAUUUUGAUGAUCCAGAAAUGCUGAAAAACCUCACAGAAAAACAUGAAACAUCGAAGGAUAUACGAGAGUUCCUGACAUUGUUAGCUGUUUGUCAUACUGUAGUACCAGAACGACAGGGAGAUGCUAGCACCAUCAGAUACCAAGCUGCCUCACCAGAUGAGGCAGCCCUAGUAGAAGCUGCUCGACAAUUUGGAUUUGUUUUUACAACUCGAACUCCAGAAACUAUUACUAUAGAAGUGCUUGGUGAGAAAGAAACAUAUGAAGUUUUAAACGUCUUAGAAUUUACAAGUGAUCGUAAAAGGAUGUCAGUGGUAUUAAGAUGUCCUGAUGGUAAUAUAAGAUUAUAUUCUAAAGGGGCAGAUACAGUUAUAUUUGAGAGAUUGGAAGAGAAACAGAAUUUCCGUGAGCAGACGUUACAACAUCUUGAAGAAUUUGCUUCAUUAGGUUUACGUACAUUAUGCUGUGCUGUAGUAGAGAUAUCAGAUGAAUUCUAUGAUGAAUGGAGACACACGUUUUAUAAAGCCAGUACGUCCAUACAGAAUAGAGAGAGAAAACUAGAAGAGGCUGCCGAACUUAUAGAAUCUAAUCUAAGAUUAAUUGGUGCUACUGCUAUAGAAGAUAAAUUACAAGAGGGAGUGCCAGAGACAAUUGAUACCCUAGCUAAAGCUGAUAUUAAAAUCUGGGUAUUAACUGGAGAUAAACAGGAGACAGCUAUUAAUAUAGGUUAUGCUUGUAAAUUAUUAACACAAGGAAUGGAUUUAGUUGUUAUUAAUGAACACUGUCUAGAUACAACAAGAGAAACUUUACUAGCUAGAAAGGGUCAGUUUGGAGAUGCGUUAGGGAAAGAAAAUGAUGCUGCCCUUGUUAUAGAUGGGCAGACAUUAAAGUAUGCGUUAUUAUGUGACUGUCGGAAAGAUUUUCUAGAUAUAGCGUUAUCUUGUAAAGCUGUCAUUUGUUGUAGAGUAUCACCACUACAGAAAGCUGAAUUAGUAGAAUUAGUAAAAACUAGUCAGAAGACAAUAACACUAGCUAUAGGUGACGGAGCUAACGAUGUGGGUAUGAUACAGGCUGCUCACGUGGGGGUAGGAAUCAGUGGAUUAGAAGGUCUACAAGCUGCUUGUGCUUCUGAUUACGCCAUAGCACAGUUCCGAUUUUUAAAGAAGUUAGUUUUAGUCCAUGGUGCGUGGAGUUAUAGUAGAUUGUGUAAACUAAUAUUAUACUCCUUUUAUAAAAACAUCUGUUUAUAUGUUAUAGAGUUCUGGUUUCAAUUUGUUAAUGGUUUUUCUGGUCAGAUUCUGUUUGAACGUUGGAGUAUAGGUCUUUAUAAUGUGAUAUUUACGAUGGCCCCGCCAUUAGCUAUGGGAUUAUUUGAUCGAUAUUGUAGUACAGAAACUAUGAUGAAAAACCCUAUUUUAUAUAAAGACAGUCAGAAGGGAAAGUUCUUUAAUGUUAAGGUAUUUUGGAUGUGGAUAUUUAACUCUAUCGUUCAUUCUAUUUUAUUGUUCUGGAUGACGUACGCUGCCCUGCAACACGAUAUAUCGUUUUCUAGUGGUAAAAUAGGAGAUUAUUUAUUCAUGGGGAAUUUUGUGUACACGUAUGUGGUUGUGACUGUAUGUUUAAAGGCAGCAUUAGAAACCAGCUCCUGGACUUGGCUGACCCAUCUAGCUAUCUGGGGUAGUAUUGGUUGUUGGUUUCUAUUCCUGAUAGUCUACAGUCACGUGUUCCCCAUCAUUAACUUGGCACCAGAAAUGGUUGGAAUGGAUCGUUAUGUGUUAGGAUGUUCGUUAUUUUGGUUAGGAUUAAUUAUUAUUCCCUCAUCCUCAUUAUUACGAGAUUUCACCUGGAAAGUAAUGAAGCGUCUGUUUUUCAAGACUCAGAGACAAUACGUACAGGAAAUGGAACUGGCCAAUAAAGAUGCCAUAAUACAGUCAGCUUCACCUAAAAAGAAAAGAACUCCAUUGUAUUUUAUUGUAUUUAACGUCUCAUUGUAUAAUAAUUACAGGCCGAUAUCAGAGCGAGCCAGAUUGUUAGAUGGUUAUGCUUUCUCUCAAGAAGAACAUGGUGUUGUGGGUCAGGCAAGAUAUAUCCGUGCCUACGAUACGACAAGAGAAAAACCUGAAGGCUUAUAA